AUGAUAGAUCGGAAGCUCGUGGUCUUUGGCGCAGCCUUUGUGCUGCGUCUGCUUCUUAUCUGUCUGUUCCCUUCCUUGCCUGAUUUGUUGACAGGAAGAGUCGAGGUCUCGACCCCUGUCAGUAGCUUCAAACGAUUGCAAGAGGGCUUGUUUCUAUAUAUCGGAAACGUGUCGCCAUAUGAUGGAGGGACUUUUCACCAGGCACCGCUCCUGUUACCUCUCUUCGCCCUACUUCCAGAUGCAAAGACCUGGCCGCUGCCCACAGCAAUCUUUUACAUCAUCGUCGACCUUUUGAAUGCUCAGGCGUUGGUCACUAUCUCCGAGUCAGGCCAAUCGAUCAAUUCGAGAUUCCAUUCGGCAGUUCGGAAGCAUGUCCGAUGGAACGGAGUAUCUGUCGCAGCAUGGUUUUUGUUCAACCCAUUUACAAUUGCGACAUGUCUGGCACGAUCAACCAGCGUAUUUACUACCUCGGGGAUCCUUUUUGCGGUCUCAAAUGCAGUCUCGGGCAAUAGCGUUAAUGCUAUGCUAGCCUUGGGAUUCGCUUCCUAUCUAUCCAUGUACCCUGCGCUCAUGUUUAUUCCGCUGGUCUUGGUCUGCUAUGACCGACGCGCACAGAGCCCGCAAGCACCUAAGAUGGCACCCUUCAUCCUGCAACAUGCCGGUCUUCUCCUCGCCAGUGUCGCAGGCCUUCUUGGUCUUUCCUUCUUGAUCACUGGUAAUUUCUAUGAGUUUAUAUCGGCCACUUACGGGUUCCAUCUUUUGGUUCCGGACUUGACUCCCAAUGUCGGUCUGUGGUGGUACUUUUUUAUUGAAAUGUUCGAUUCAUUCCGAGAGUUCUUCCUUGGAGUCUUCUGGCUUCAUUUAGCCAGCUAUGUUGGAGGUCUCACGGCGCGUUUCCGACGACAGCCUUUGUUCGUCAUCGCCUCUCUCCUUGGUGUCUUUGCGAUCUUCAAGCCAUACCCGAGUAUCUCAGAUGCAUCUCUGUUUUUGGCGUUACUACCCUUGUACCGCCAUCUUUUCCCAUUAAUGCGAUAUACAUUUUUCGCAGCCUCAGCGAUCCUCUACUCCACCCUCCUCGGUCCAGCCUUCUACCAUCUAUGGAUCUACGCAGGAUCCGGAAACGCCAACUUCUUCUACGCCAUCACCCUAGUAUGGAGUUUGGGUCUCUCCAUCCUCCUUGCAGACACCAUCUUCGCCGCCCUGAGAGACGAAUGGGAACAAGACAACCCAGAUAAGCAAGGCGCAGAAGUCCGACAGGUGUAG